AUGGGAUCUGACUGGGAUUCGGAAAAAGUUACGCCUCCCAAGAGUGCGAAAGAGUGGGAUGGCCCGCAGGAUGAAGCAAAUCCGCAGAACUGGUCACUGGCGAAACGUCUGUAUCACAGUCUGAUACCAACAAGCAUAGCAUUCCUCUGCCCUUUUGGAUCAUCGGUGUACACUCCUGGCCACAUGGAGGUCAUGUCAGACUUUGGCGUGAACCGAGAAGUCGCUCUGCUGCCAUUCGUAUUUUACUUGUUGGGCUUGAGUUUCGGUCCCGUACUGGCAGCUCCCCUGAGUGAGACCUAUGGCCGGGAAGUAGUGUACCUCUCGGCAUUGCCCAUUUCGGCAGCUUUCACGUUAGGUGCCGGAUUCUCCGAGGGCAUCGCUUCGUUGAUCGUAUGUCGCUUCUUCGCAGGGCUAUUCUCGAGUCCGGGCCUCAGCAUUGGAACUGGCACACUCUCCGACAUUUGGCCUCCGGAAAAACGCGCUGUUCCGAUGGCCAUGUUCAUCAGCAUGGUCCAAGUCGGUCCAGCUUUGGGACCAUUGAUCGGUGGAUAUGUUACCAUUGAGAUGUCCUGGCGCUGGACGCAAUGGGUCAUACUCUUCGGCAUGGCUUUCGUUCUGGGUCUCACACUGGGAAUGAAGGAAACGUACAAAGCAGUCAUCCUGAGCCGUCGAGCCAAGGCAUUGGGGAUCGAAGGGCCGGACUUGCCUCAUGCCAACAAGACGAGGAUAGAAACGAUCAAGUUCUUUGCAACGAAGACAAUUGUCAGACCCCUGCACAUGCUCUGCACAGAGGUGAUCGUGACUCUGUUCGAUCUUUACGUUGCCUUCAACUUCGGGCUCCUCAAUGCCUUCUUUGCAGCCUUCAGCUGGGUCUUCCAGAAUGUCUAUGGGUUCGGUCUGGGCAGCACCGGUCUGACGUACCUUGGCCAGCUUGUGGGGACAAUCGUAGGGCUUUGCAUCAUGCUGUACAUCUCAGUCGUCAAGUGGCCACGCGAUCUGGAGGCCUUGAAACAAGAAGGAGGUUCCAAAUUGCCGCCCGAGCAUCGACUGCUGAUUGCAAAGAUUGGUGCACCUUUGCUGCCAGCGUCACUAUUUCUCUUUGGCUGGACAGCCCGCCCCUCAGUGCACUGGAUAGCACCAGUCAUAGCAGAAGGGCUGUUUGGCUGUGGCAAUCUGUUGAUCUUCACAACAGCCAGCCUGUACUUGACAGACUGCUAUGGUGCAAGAUACGGCGCCUCAGCAUGGUCGUCGAACACCUUUCUGAGGUACCUGUUUGCGUUCAUCUUUCCACUGUUUGCAGUUCAGAUGUACGAAGGCUUGGGCACGGGUUGGGCAACCUCCCUGCUUGGGUUCUGCUCACUCGCUCUUGUUCCGAUCCCCUUCGCCUUUGACCGGUAUGGCGCAAGGUUGAGGCGAAAUACAGCCUAUCCCUCCGGAGAAUGA